UUUAAUAGAGGCAAUUGGAGCAUGUGGAGAACGUAGGGUGAUGUUCACAGAAGACGAUGUUAAAUUUUACCUGGCAGAAUUAGCACUUGCUUUAGACCAUGUACAUAGUGGUGGAAUAAUAUACCGGGACCUAAAACCAGAAAACAUCCUUCUUGAUGAGGAAGGACAUAUCAAAUUAGCAGAUUUUGGCUUAAGUGAGGUGUCAAUUGACGAAAAAAAAGCCUUCUCUUUCUGUGCAACAGUGGAAUAUAUGGCGCCAGAAGUCAUUAAGAGCGGAGGCCUUACACGGAGCGCAGACUGGUGGUCUUUUGGUGUUGUAAUGUUUGAAAUGCUCACUGGUACUCUGCCUUUCCAAGGGAAAGACAGAAAAGAAACCAUGACACUGAUUCUCGAGGCCAAACUUGGAAUGCCCCAGUUCUUGAGCCCGGAAGCAGAGAGUCUUCUGCGAAUGCUCUUCAAAAGAAACCCAGCAAACAGAUUAGGAGCAGGCCUAGAUGGAGUUGAAGAAAUUAAGAGGCAUGCAUUCUUUUCCAAAAUAGAUUGGAAUAAAUUGUACAGGAGAGAAAUUGAUCCCCCUUUUAAACCUGCAACUGGCAGACCUGAAGAUACGUUUUAUUUUGACCCUGAGUUUACAGCAAAAACUCCAGAAGAUUUGCCUGGUCUCCCACCUAGUGCUAAUGCGCAUCAACUUGUUCGGGGAUUUAGUUCUGUAGCUAUUGCAUCAAAUGACGAAAGCCAGGCAGUGCAGACAGUUGGAGUGCAUUCCGUUGUCCAGCAGUUGCACAGGAACAGCAUUCAGUUUACUGAUAGAUACGAAGUGAAGGAAGAUAUCAGAGUUGGGUCUUACUCUGUCUAUAAGAGAUGUAUUCAUAAAGCUUUAAACAGGAAUAUGCUGUAA